AUGGCUCCACACGAGACUCGCAGCUCGACAAACAAAGAUGUAUCUGAUCAUGAGUCUGUAAAAAAGAACUCGGAACGAGUGAUUGAAGGCAAUUUGAAGGAAGAAGCGAGCGAUGAGACAUCAGCAAGCACAGGUAACAAGCUAAAGAAGAGCCCGCUUCCAGAAACUGCCCAGAAGGCCACCAAAGCCACGAAAUUCGAGCAAGCAACAAAGACGCAUGGCCAACAGCCCACCAAGAGUAGUGCAUCGUCCGACCAAGUCAUAAGAUUCCUGCUGUGCGAUACAGCCACCUAUGCUCAACUCCUGAGCCCCUUCGUAGAGCUCGUCUGUGCCGUUAUACUAUCACGACCUAUUUCGAAUCGUCUGGGUUUGUGCACAAUCCGUACCGUUCUUAACUCACCCUACGAAUUCACGGACGCAGACACCAUCAGAGCCGCGGGCGCUGAGAUAAUCUAUCAAUCCCGAAAUGAUGCGCGCACGCAGCACAGAGGCAAGACGACCGAGGAGAUCGAGCUCAUUGCGGUGGUUAUACAGAGCAAUGACUGGCACAACGAUCUCGAGAAGAUACGCAAGCAGACCAAGAAUUCAGUCGAUGAGGAGCGAGACAGGCGUAAUAUCUUCUACCGCCGCAUCCAGCGGUUUUGGGACGAAGCUUAUCCAUUUAUUGAUGCAAGGACGGCAGAUUCGCUUGAGAAGUUGGGGCUGCCAAACGAUCCUGAUGAGAUUGUCGAGCGGAUUGAGAAGAAUUGGCAGGAUUUGAAAUUCGAUAACAGCGAAGAAUUUGGUGAGGAGGACAGGAAGCGACGGGCUUUUGUACUGCUCCUCGAGAGAUCCGUGGGUGCGGACCUUGAGAAGAAAAUUGAGGAUGUUCUCGCGCGAGGAGCAGGAGGACGGACGUGA